UUGGAUUUUGGAUUAAGGAGCUAUUUUCGUCAAAUCCUUUCAGCAUGUGCCUACCGAAAAGGGUGGGUGGCCCGGCCAUUCAGAGUAUUGCCACGGCUUUAGGCAAUAUUCUCUGUUUCAACUUUGGCCUGAUGUUUGGCAUUACUCCGGCCCACAUGGCCCUUUAUGAGUCGGAGGAGAAGACUCCGUUGAACGAGGCCACCGAUCCGGCGGGAACUGCCUGGUUGACGGGAUACCUCUUCCUCAGUGCCGCCGUUGGGGCCUUGAUAUCGGGUGUCCUUGCUCUAAAAAUUGGCCCCAAGUCCGUGCUGCUCUGCGCUGGACUGCUACAAAUUUCUGGCUGGGCCUGCAUCCACUUUGGCUACGAUAUAGUUCACAUCUACGCCUCCCGCCUUUUUGCGGGCGUGGCAUCUGGAGCCGCCUUUGUUGCUCUGCCGAUUUUCAUUAAUGAGAUUGCCGAGUCUCGGGAAAAAGCAGCCAGGCUAACGUUUACCAUCGAAUUGUGGCGCACGCUGGGCAUCCUGAUGGGAUUCGUCCUGGGCUUCUACCUGCCCUACGACCUGGUCAACAUCGUCGGCUGUGCCGUGACCUUUGUGUUUACCAUGACCUUUCCCUUUGUCCAGGAGAGUCCGCAUUACUAUCUGCGAAAGAAUAAUGUAGCCAGCUUGGAGAAAUCGCUGCGUUGGUAUCGCGGCAUUCGGGAUAUUGACGAUCGCGAGAAGCCGGAGUAUCUCAGCGAAUUGGGUGAGUUCCAGGCCGAGCUGAGGAGCAAGGACAAGAACGUGGGCUCCACUCCCAUGUCCCAUGGCUACAUCAUCCGGCUGACUUUCGUCAGCUUUCUACUGACCGUCUGCGCCAAGCUGAGCGGUGUUUUUGUGGAGCUAAACUACGCAGCCGAUUUCCUCGGACGGACCGGCUAUUCCACGGAAACCAAUUAUGUAAUCCUGGCCAGCGCCCAGUGCAUUGGAGCGCUCCUCGCCCGCCUCGUUGGUCCGCGGCUGCCGCGAAAGCUGCUGCUCUGCUUCUCGUCCCUAUUUGCUGCAGCUGCAGUUAUUGCAUUGGCGUUAUUCAAGAUUUACGGUGGACUUUGGCUUCUGGGAAGCUGGGCGGAUCGGUAUUUGCCCAUUAUCCUGCUGGCCAUACAGCUCGCUUUUGUGAGCUUCGGACUUUAUCCCCUGGCGGCAGUCGUGAGCAGCGAGGUUUUGCCCACUAAGCUCCACGACUUGCUGUACUCCCUGGCAUCUGCUGUUUCCUGGCUGCUGCUCUUCGGCAUGAUUGAGGCAUUUAAUGCAGUUAAGGCCACAAUCGCCCCCGGACUGGUUCUUUAUCUGUGGGUCUUUGCCGGCGCCUCCAUAUUCGUGGGCCUUAUUUCGCUGCCACUUUUGCCGGAAACACGCAAUCGUCGGCCUUCGGCAGUGCAACGUGAGUUGGGUUAUGUCGAUGAUGGCGGAGUGGCCAAAGGAUCCGCGGUGACCAACGGACAUAUUGCCACCCACAUCUGAGAUGCUCGAGUAUUGACUCCCAUUAGCUUUACGUACGAUAUUAAUAACGAAUUUAGUUUA